AUGCCCAAUCCUGGCGGUUUUCAAGGCCUACAAAAGGCUUUUUUACUGGAGCAAAAGCCGUUGUAUGAAAAAGCUGUCGAACAGCAACUAGUUUCUGAAACACUUGCCGAUAUCAGCCGUCGAUUUUUAAAAAGGUUACCGCUGGAUAAGCCUGAGAGCUGGGAGCCUACUGAAGAUGAGUUAGCAGCCAUCAAUGACGAUGAAGCAGAAGAAGAAAUUCCUUGCCGCAACCCCGAAACACUUUCACCGGCAGAAAAGGAGAUUGCAGAGAAGCAGAAAAAAGAGAGACAACAACUCCUCCAGACCUUUCGUGGCAAAAUUAAGCGUUGGUUUAGAUACCAAUACAAGCAAGAUCAUAAGACUCAGGCUCGCAAUGCAUCAUCGGCUAGCAGUGAUAGCAAAAAUCUUUUCACACUGCUCCUCCAACAGCUUGUAGGCAAAGAGCCUAAUCGCCCAAGGUUGAAGACUCCAGUGAACAUAUGGAGAAAGGAGAAAGCCAAUCGCGAUUCUAUUGAGGCCGAGAUUGAAGCAAUGGACCCACCAGUUCCUGUCAAUUUACUAGUUAAGACCCGGGACGAGAUUGCAAGACGCCUUUUUCAGGAGUUGACUUUGGAAGAGAAAAAGAAAUGGACAAAGAUUGCCUCAGAUGAGCAUAGCGCCGCAAUAGCAAAGUAUAACGCCGACAUUGAUAUCAGUGGGGAUCUAUUGACUCCGGAAGAACGUCAGCGUGCUAUCGAGGGAAUUGGUCCUUUCAUGUCUCCAAUCUUAGACGCGCUCUGCAAUAUCACUGGGUGGAAGUGCACAUUUAUAGCUGGUGGGCCUGAACCUGCAAAUGGGGGGAUGUUGGGUACUAUUAGUGUUCAUUCAGGAGUUACGUCUGGAGAUAUUAAAAUGAACUUUGGCCGCGCAGAGCAAGCUAAAUACAAGAACAUUUUUAUUCCGAUCUUCGGUGAUUUUCUUCGAAAAUGCUACUCAAAAAGCACUUGUCAAGAGUGGGCAUUGCCGCAAGAUCAUGGCCAAACCCCAAUGUUUGCUUCGGAAGCCUUCAGGAGCGAAGAGGAGUCAAUUCAGGCCAUUCCGAUUAAUGAAUCUCAUGUCACUGCGGCUUCCGUACCCAAAAAGAAGAAGAAGAACAGAAAGAAAACGACUGCGUCUCCCAAUUUGCGUCAGACCACUACUCCAACUACACCUCCAGAAUUUCCUGUGGCUGAUAAAGAUGUUUCUCUUAAUUCCAACUUGCUAAAUCAUGAAAAGGGUCAUAAUCCCUUUCCCGAAGACUGGCCGUACAUUAUGGAAGAUGAGGACAACAACUCCGGAUACGAAAGCAACAAUGCCGACGAUUUAAGCCAAGCAUCACCUACCUCUGUGCCACCAUCGCCAUCUCUCUCUGUGCCACCAUCCCCUUCCCUCUCUACGCCACCAUCUCCUUCCCUCUCUGUAGUACAUCAAGACCAACAAAACUCUACGACAACAAAUAGGACAGUGUCAACGGCGACUCCGAACCCUACAGUUGACAAAGUAGUCACGGUAUCUUCAUCGGAUGCAACUACGACCUCACCAACGCUAAAUCCACCCAGCGGCCUGCCACCUCGCGCAAACCACCCAUCUGUGGCAGUAGCAGACCCGGCCCACGCCACGUCUAUGCCUAGUACAGCAGCAAAGAACACGCCCAAUACAAUUUCAACAAACACGGUGUCGGAACCUGGUGCCUGCAAGACGUCCUCAAAGCGUAAAGGAGAAUUGAAGUCAAAAAAUCCCCGCAAAAAGCGCAAGGCUAAUAGGUUGACUACAGGUACUUCAACAUCUGCAUCUGCAUCAGCAUCAGCAUCAGCACCGGCACCAGCAACAGCACCAGCACCUGCUCGCAGCCAACGCCUGACACGAAGCACCGCUCCUACAGCCGCUCCUGCGCAAGCAAAAUUGCCGCCGGUGCCAACAUCUUCGGUUGUCCUCACCCGAAACGGUAAACCCGUCAAGAGCUCUAAGUUCUGGGUAUAUGCGGAAGAUGAUAGCUAA